UUUUAACUCAUCAAACAUUAUUAAUUCACUCACUUUUACAUAUCAAAAUCAUUUUGUUUUGAGUCUUAAUCAUGUAAUAUUCAUGAUUUUAACCGAAAGUUAAGUAAAGUAUGAUCAGUAAUUAUCUCAGUAAUGAUUCUAACAUGAGUUGUCCUUAACAAUUUGUCAUUUACUUGAGUUGAAUCAUUUGAUAUAUAUACGCGUCAAAAUCAUGAUUAUAUUGUCCUAGUAAGAAUAAAUCAGAUGGUAAAAAGUUGUACGGAGAUUUGAUAUACUAAAGCGUGGGAACUUGUAAUUUUCCACCUCUCAACAUUUAAUGUAUGAUAGCGGGGAUGUCACUUGGAAGCACCGGAAUUGUUGGAAACUUGAUUGUAUAUCUUACAAGAGAAUUCAAUAUAAAGAGCAUCACUGCAACUCAAAUUUCAAAUGUUGUCGUUGGAAGCACCAGUAUAUUUCCAGUAGUGGCCGCAAUCGUUGCUGAUUCUUUCUUUGGUUCUUUCUAUGUUGCCUUUGCUUCUUCUUGUAUUUUAUUGCUGGGCACAAUUCUAUUAUUUUUGACAGAAACAAUCAAUUCAUUAAAGCCUCAUCCAUGCAGCAAAGAUUCAUCUACUACAUGCAAACCACCAACAGGAAUCCAAUACACAGUUUUAUACAUAAGCAUAUUAUUAAUAUCAAUUGGUUUUGGUGGUUCGCGUUUCACAGCAGCAUCAUUAGGUGCAAAUCAAUUUGACAAACCAGAACAUCAAGGAACAUUUUUCAACUGGUACUUCUUCACUUUCUAUGUUGCUUCAGGAGCUGCAUUAACUGGAAUUAUUUACAUUGAAGAUAAUUUGGGUUGGGCUAUAGGAUUUGGUAUUUGUGCUGUGGCUGCUUUUGUUGGUGUGGUUGUUUUUGUGUUAGGUUAUCGAUUUUAUCGGGCCGAAAAGCCACAGGGAAGUGCGAUUUUGGACUUGGGACGUGUUUUUGUUGCAUCUGCUCGUAAGUGGAGGUGUAAGCUUUCAUCCAGAGCUGAGGAUUACUAUGGUAGUUCUUCCGGUCAUGAUGUUUUGGUUCAUGUGCUGCCUCCGCCAAUACCGGGAAAAGGAUUAAGGUUUUUCAACCGUGCCGCUCUAAUAACUGAUGCAGACCUACACUCAAAUGGCACAAUUAAGAAAUCAUCAUGGAGACUAUGCACAAUUCAACAAGUGGAAGAUUUCAAAAAAAUAGUUGGAAUAUUACCAUUAUGGACUUCAAGUCUAUUCCUAUCAAUUCCAAUAGUAAUGCAAAUGGACUUCAUUAUACUUCAAGCUUUAGUCAUGGAUCGUUCUUUAGGAUACCAUUUUGAAAUCCCAGCUGGUUCUAUUUCUGUUAUAGUCUUAAUAUCAGCACCCAUUUUCCUCACUUUUCUUGACAGGGUGCUAUUGCCAAGUUGGCAUAAGGUUACCAGAAAAUCUCCUAAGCUGCUCCAUCAAAUAGGAGUAGGACAUGUGUUCAAUGUUCUUGGCAUGGUGGUCUCUGCUCUUGUUGAAUCGAAGAGACUCAAAUUAGCGCAUGAACAUGUUUCAAUGUCUGUAUUAUGGUUGUUUCCACAAUUAGUGUUGGUUGGUAUCGGAGAAGCGUUUCAUUUUCCUGGACAAGUUACAUUCUAUUAUCAACAAUUUCCACAAUCGCUAAAGAGCACAUCAACUGCAACGGUUUCAAUGCUUAUAGGGGUUGCUUUUUACAUGAGCAAUGCAUUAAUUGAUCAAGUUCGUAGGAGUACUGAUUGGUUACCUGAUGACAUAAAUCAUGGGAAGAUUGACAAUGUGUACUGGAUGUUAGUCCUACUCGGGGGUAUAAACUUUGUGUAUUACUUAUUUUGUUCUUCUCCUUACAAGUAUGAAAAUGUUUAAGAGGAUGUGAUGUUAUGAUAAAUGUUAUCACAAGCAAUAAUGGUAAUAAGUUCUUUUCUCCUACAUUCUAUGAAAAAUAUUAUCCAUUA